ACUCGACAUCUGCCACCUGCCACCUGCCAUCCCUCGCCACCACCACCCCAGCACCACACAUUACCAUCCACCAUGUCGGUCCCACGAAUCCACAUCCUCGGCGGCGGCAACAUCGGCAGUUUCGUCGCGCACGGGCUCCGCUCUUUACCCUCUCCGAAGCCCGAAGUGACGCUCCUCCUACGCGGGACCACCUACCAAACCUUCCUCUCCCGCUACUCUGUCUAUGUCGAAGACGUAACGACCGUACCACCGACGCACAGCGUACGGCGGAUCACUACUGCGCUGCCGAGUGCAUCAACCUUUCUACCGACGCGGAUCCAGAACCUCGUGAUCGCGACCAAGACGCACCAGCUGGGCGCGGCGCUCGCGCCGCUGAUCCCACGGCUCACGCGCGAGUCCACCGUCGUCUUCCUGCAGAACGGGAUUACGCCGUCGCCGUCGCAGCUGUUUCCGGACCCGUACAUGCGGCCGCGCGAGCUGUGGGCCGGCGUGGUUACGCACGGCAUCAAUAGCGAGUGGAAGUUUAGUCUGAAGCUCGCGGCGCGCGGGGAAAUCGUGCUGGGCCCGCUGGGGGAGGGCGUCGCGGGCGAUGACGCGAGGCUGAGGAGGAAACCGCUGCUGGUUGAGGCGUUGGCGCGUAUGGAGGGCGGCAGGACUGUCGACACUGCUGGAGAGCUGCUAAGGUGCCAGUUGAGGAAGUUGGCGGCGAAUGCGGCGAUCAAUGCGCUAGCGGCGGUGCACGAUGUGAAGAACGGAGAGUUGUUGGCGAUGCCGGAGGCGCUGGAGACGAUGAGGGCCGCGGUCAGGGAGGUGGGUGACCUGGUCAAGGGUAUGUUGGGAGAAGACCUGGUGGAGGGGGGAGAGGAGGCGCUGUGGAAGAGUGUGCGAGACGUCGUGGAAUUGACGGGAGAGAAUACGUGCAGCAUGCUGCAGGAUCUACGAGCGGGAAAGAAGACGGAGAUACAGGAGAUUAACGGGUGGGUAGUCGAGAAGGCUACGGAGCUGGGGCUCGACUGCAAGGUCAACAAGGAGCUAGUGGAGAAGGUGAAGGCGCUGGAGAGAGAGAAGGGGAUUCUCGAGGUGGAGCCCGUGACGAAGCUGGUUAUCGAGGAGCAGCAUCCGCGUGACAGGAGGAGGGUAACGAGGAAGGUCUUCAAUAACUCCCCGAUGGAUCGUCCACCGACGGUGCCCGGUCUUGCAAGGAGAGUACCAGUGUAGAUACCAGACAUUAAUGGGUGUGCGUUUGAUACCAU